AUGCUCCUGGUCGCUUCGAUGGGUUUGGGGUCGACCGAUAUGGCUCGGUACCGACACGGACCGGUCGACUUUGUCCGCGCCAUCAACCUCGCCUCGAAUGGGAGUGCGACCUUGCCUUUCAUCGACAUGUCAUCCCUGCUCCGUUGACUCGAAUACCACCUCGACCUGGGGUGUCGGGCAAGCUCCGCCACCACUACCGCGGUCCGGAGAGGCCACUUUACGACCGCUAUAAAGACCUCUCUCCGUCUUUUCGACUCCCAACAUGCUCGAAUGGCAGCGCCUCAACCCGGACUGCGCGAUAAAGCUCUACACCGACGAGCAGGUCUUUUGCCUUUGUUCACGACCGUUUCCCGACCGAGACCUUCCCCCAGUCUAA